ACAGUAAUUUCCUGCUUUUCUUAAACUAGCAAACUAGCAAAAUACCUAGGUAGUAUUUUCUUUCCCUGCUCUUUCUUGACAUUAAGGCAGAGGUUUGUAACUUGGGGUCUAUGGGGAGAAAACGAGGUUCUGUGAACUUGAAUGAGGAACAAUUAUGUCUUUAUUUGCAUUAACCUUUAGCUGAAAUUUUAUGUUUCCUUCAAUUAAAAAUGUAAGCUACAAACCACAGCAAUAAUGGCAAUACCAAUAUGAGACUUCAUCAACAAUAGGAAUAACAAUAUUUUCAUGUCACAUUAUAAAAUUUACAGAAAGUUUGAAACAUGAUUUAUAUUCAUGAUUACUUUGAAUUGAUAGUUAUUAAACUGCUACUAGAUCUUGUUAUUGAAUGCAUCAAUAAAGACGCACACAUAGAUUCGGCAGCAGCCACUGAACAGACCGGACUUAACUUGCACACACACCUCGCUCCGCUUCCUCUGCAACCAUGUUUGACAAACCUGAUACAGCUGAGAUUGAGAAAUUCGAUAAGUCAAAAUUGAAGAAGUCAGAAACGCAAGAGAGAAAUCCACUGCCUUCAAAAGAAACGACUGAACAGGAGAAGCAAGCAGGCGAAUCGUAGUGAUUCACAAGCAUUGCCUUCUUAUUUUCCUUCUUUUAGCUGUUUAACUUUGUAAGAUGCAAAGUGGUUGGAUCAAGUUUAAAUGACUAUGCUGCCCCUUUUCACAUCAAAGAAUCGAGAACUACUGACAACGAAGGCGCCUGCCUCUCCCAUCUGCCAGUCUGGCUGGCAGGGAAGGAAAAGAACUUGCAUGUUGGUGAAGGAAGAAGCUGGGUGGGACGACAGUGAAAUCGAGAGUAAAAACCAAGCUGGUCCGGGGUGUCCUGCAGGCUGUAAAAUGCGGUUUAAUCAGAGUGUCCUUUUUUUUUGUUAAAAUGAUUUUAAUUAUUGGAAUGCACAAUUUUUUUAAUAUGCAAUAAAAAGUUCUAAAACCUGGAAAAAAAAAGAUGCACACAUAUUACUAUUUCACAAAUUUAGUGAUUUGAAAAGUGUAUUUCAUUAUAAUUGGUUUUAUUUUUAACUUUAUGCAUUUUAUUUUAUGGAUUUAGAAACAUUAUUCUAAGAAGAGAUCCAUGUGCAGUAAAAGAAAAAAGUUAAAACAUGUUAUUUGUACUUAUUCAAUAGUGAUGUUUGUUGUAUCAACUUCUUUUGUAAGGUUUAGUCAUGUGAUCACUUACACUUAGGGUUUUUAAUCAUUAGGCUCUGGACAUGACUGUUUUUUUAGUAAUUUACCAUUUUAUUCAAAAAAGUUCACCACAGUGAUUAAGUUUAUUAUUGAACAGCUAAAAUCUUUGUGUAUAGAUGACAUUAAACUAUAGCAUAUCUAUACAAUAGAAUACAAACUAGUAUAAAAAGGAAUGAAGAAUAGUUAUAUAUACUACUGUGGAAUAACUUUCAGGAUAUACUGUUAAUUUAAAAAAGAAAAAGAAAGGGCACCUGGGUGGCUUACUCGUUAAGCGUCUGCCUUCGGCUCAGGUCACGAUCCCAGGGUCCUGGGAUCAAGUCCCGCAUCGGGCUCCCUGCUCGGCGAAGCCUGCUUCUCCCUUUCCCACUCCCCCUGCUUGUGUUCCCUCUCUUACUGUGUCUCUCUCUGUCAAAUAAAUAAAUAAAAUCUUAAAAAAAAAAAAAGGGGGCGCCUGGGUGACUCAGUCGUUAAGCGUCUGCCUUCGGCUCAGGUCAUGAUCCCAGGGUCCUGGGAUCGAGCCCCACAUCGGGCUCCCUGCUCAGCGGGAAGCCUGCUUCUCCCUCUCCCACUCCCCCUGCUUGUGUUCCCUCUCUCGCUGUGUCUCUCUCUGUCAAAUAAAUAAAUAAAAUCUUAAAAAAAAAUCAAAGAAAAAAAAAGAGGACAAAUGUGUGUAGUAUUCCCUUUUAUCUAAGAAAGAGGUAUAUAAAUAAAUGUAUAAUAAAAAUAUAUUCUAGCUACCUUACUUUUAUAAACAUGACCUAAAUGAAAUGAGAUAUCCUCGAUUAGGUCCUGGAACAGAAAGAGGAUGUUAAUGGAAAAA